CCGGACUACAGCUCCCGUCAGCCGCCGCGGCGGCGGCUCGCUCUCGCCCUCACACUCCGGCUGCCGCUGCCAGUGUCUCCGCCGCCGCCACCGCCGCCGAACCGCCGCUCGCAGCGCCCAGGGUCCGACUCGCCACCCCGGGCAGGGGGGCCCGCCUCAGCCCGCCGCCCCCGCCGCCGCCCGCACGGCUCGGGAAGCAGGCAGAGCGGCCCCUCAAGCCCCAGCAGGUUGGUGAGGAGCAGCUGUCAUGAUCUCUACAGCACCUCUCUAUAGCGGGGUGCACAACUGGACCAGCACAGAGCGGAUUCGCAUGUGUGGCCUCAACGAGGAGAGGAGAGCCCCCCUUUCUGAUGAGGAGUCUAAAACAAGCAGCUCCCAGCAUUUGGGGUCUCAGGAGUUUUGCGUCAGCAGCAGUCUUUCCGAGGUGGAGCUCACAGCAGUCAGCGGUGGUAGCGGCAGUGCCCAGGGGCUGGAUGCUGAUAGCAAGGUGGAGGAGAAGCUUGGGCCCAAGCUGGAAGAGCAGCCACCUGAUCCCAGCCCGGAGUGUGCAGGAAAGACUGUGACAGAUGAUGGCCUCGGCCCUCUGGCAGGCCAAGGGGAUGACAGAGGGCAGGAACCCACGGUCCCCAAAGCUGCCAAGCAGGAGAGUGGAGGUGCCGACGCUGCCUGGUCAGCCGCGGAUGCUGCCAGCGACAAGCAGGGUGAUGCCCCCGCAGCCUGCCCGGCGGCACCAGAGGGCGAGCCUGCCGAGACAGAGAAAGCCACCCCGAGCACCGUGGCACAAGGGCCGGGCGUGCUGGCCGAGGGGACUUUGUCUGUGGUUGUCUCCAGCUGCAGCACCUCCGCCUCCACCCCUGCCACCUUCACUCUGAACAGGGUGUGCUUCCCCUCCUCUCAGGCCCCCGCAAUGCAAAAGCUGCCCCUGUCCUUCCAGACCGGAGCGGUGCUGAGCCCCAGUCAGUCGCUGGUGUACAUCCCACCACCCAGCUGUGGACAGCCACUCAGCGUGGCCACGCUGCCAGCCACCCUGGGGGUCUCCUCCACCCUCACCCUCCCUGUCCUGCCCUCCUACCUGCACGAGCGCUGCCUGCCGGGCAUCAUCGCCUCCCCAGAGCUGCGCUCCUACCCCUACACCUUCUCCGUCACCAGGCCCUUGGCUUCUGACGCCAAAGUGGUGCCCGUGGAGGUGAACCAGAUCAGCUGCCCUUCUCCCUCAGGGGCAAGUGGUGGCCAGGCUGCUGCCGAGGGCCCUGCUGCCCCCUCCACCACUGGCCCUUCGCUCUCCUCCAGCCAGCCUCCACCAGCAGUGACAUCAUGUGGAUCCACUGCUCCCUCCCAGGGCACUGGAGCACAGGCCAGAGCCCCUGCAGCUCCCGACCCCCACGCCCCAGGGGCUGCCACGUCGCUCUCUCCUCUUAAGUCCCCUCCGCAGCUGGAGCGUGAGAUGGUCUCCUCUCCAGAGUGCAGUGAGAUGCCUCUGGACCUCUCCUCCAAGUCCAACCGUCAGAAGCUGCCUCCGCCCAGCCAGCGCAAGACACCACCAAUGCCCAUCCUCACGCCUGUGCACACCAGUGGCAAAGCUCUUCUCACCACUGUCCUGUCCAAGUCGCAGCGCGCAGCCCAGACCACGGGCAGCAGUGUCACCUCCUGCCUUGGCACCACCCCUCCCUUGGUCAUCUUCCCCGAGUUCCUGCGCAACGGCGAGCAGGGCUCCUGGGUGAAGAACACCACUCUCAUCAGCACCAUUCCAGGCACCUACGUUGGCGUUGCCAACCCGGUGCCUGCCUCGCUGCUGCUCAGCAAGGACCCCGGUGUCAGCCUCAGCAGGGACCUGCGCCACCUUCCCAAGCAGGAGCCCAUCUCCAUCAUUGACCAGGGAGAGCCACGCAGCUCUGGGGUUCCCUGUGGGAAGAAAGCCAACCAGGCCAGCACCGAAGGGCAGCAGGAUCCUGCCAGGAGAGUUCUUCAUGGCAGAGUUGCUCCUGGAGCUCCUUUGUGUCAAUCCAAGGACAUCUCCGCCUGGAAUCCUGGCCAGGGAAGCGUGUACCCACGAUGCCCCGUGAAUGGAAAGCCUUCCAGUCCUCAGCUGCUGCCUCUGGGCUGGUCUCCCUAUCACCAAACCCCACUGCUUUCCAUUGGCAUCUCCACAGCAGGGCAGCUGCCCCCAAGCCAGAACAGCUCGUGCAAGCCAGCAGGUGCAGGAGAGCUCCCAGCAUUUUCCAACAUCCAGCCCACAGAGUCCAGCAGAGCUGCCCAGAGCCUGCCUGAAGGGCUGCCCAGGCUCCCACCUCCGGAGCGGGAGCGGGAAGCUGCAGCCAAGAGCAAGAGCUGCCGAGCCUUGCCCAAGCUCUACGAGGAGUUGGCCAACACCAUCCCGUUGGAUGGAGUUCCACCUCUUCAGGCCAGCGCUUUGGAUGGGAAAGGGGGGAAGGGGAAGCUGGACAACCCCCAGAAGAGUCCAGAGUGUGAUCAACCGGGGACUGACUCCAGCAAGGAGGGCAAGGGACAGACUGAGGCUCCCCAGGGGAGCUGCAGCCUCAAGCAGCUGGAGGCCAAGCCCAAAAGCCAAGUGUUGGCAGCCUACUUGUCACAUGAGCUGCCAGCAGGUGGGCAGCAGAGCCUGCGGGGGGGCUCAGAGGUGUCCACGGAGGGUCAGCACAAGGAGCCGGUCUGUGAAGGUCUCCAGGAGCCACCAGCCACAGAGCCCCUGCCAUGUGUGCGGCAGGUGGAUCUCUGCAGGGUCAAGAAAGAGCGAGUGGAGUGCGAGGUGCCCUUCACCCCUGUGAGCUGCCUGCGGGCUGGGGCUGCUCCCCAGGCCCUGGCCGAGGUCAAGCUCAAAGGGGCAGGGCAGGUGAAGCAAGAGGGCGGCGUGCGCUGCAAGGCCAAGCGGCAGCACAAUGGGGACACCAGGCAGAGCCACAAGAGACUCAAGUGCCAAGCCCAGGACAGCGAGGAGUCCCCGAGCAAGUCAGGGAGCCAGGGCGUGCACAGCAAGAAGUGGCGAAAGCACCACGAGAACCCACACGAGCUCAGCAGGAGGGACAGCCGGGCUGGGCUGGCGCUGGGGAAGGACCACAACAGCCUCAGGGUGAAGCGCAAGCGCAGGAGGCCAGCCAAGGCAGAGCUCCUGUCCUCGGCUCACCGCGGGGACAGCCACGAGGAAGGUUACCUGGAGAAGAAGCCCAAGAACAACUUUCGGGAUUUCAUCCCGGUGGUGCUGAGCAGCCGCACUCGGAGUCAGUCUGGAAGCGUUGCUGGUUCUUCUGCUGGUGUGUCAGGGGAGUGCGAUGUGACUGGUCAGGAGAUUUUACCGUUGCUGGAGGAGGAUCAGGAAGAAGAGGAGGAGGAAGAGGAGGAGGAGGAGACAUCCCUGAAACGCCGCAAGCUGCGGAAGUCCCACAGGACGUCACGGUACCACAGCCGCAGGGCCAGGGACAGGUCCCUGGCCGAGAGGAGCAGCUGUUACACCAGGAGGACCCGGGAGCUGCCCUGGAGGGUGGAAUCACCCAGGCAGCUGUGGGAGCCCGCCGAGGAGGAGGAGGAGGAUGGCAGCCACACCAGGAGGAAGAAGAGGAGACGACAGAAAAGUCGAAAGUACCAGACAGGGGAAUAUCUGACGGAGCGGGAGGAGGAGCGAGUGGGCUACCCCCACCGGAGGAGGAAAUCCAAAGCAGACUUUCGGUACCGGAAGCAGAAGGAGUCGGCGAAGGGCAAGGGCACGGAGCUGCGGCUGCGGAGCAGGCUGUCCCCGUCCCCCAGGAAAUCCCAGGGGCGCCCAGACUGCCGCAAUGGCUUCUACCUGGAGCACUCUGACAGCUCUCCUGCCCAAGAAGAGCUGGAGAAGCCAUCAGGAAAACGCAAAUGCAAAACCAAACACCUGGCAGGGAUCUGUGAUGAGGGGAAGGGCAAAGGCUGCUGGAACCAGCCCAAAGCACGCUCCCCGAAGAAACCCCAGGACCUGUGGACACUUUGUAAGUCCCAUCAGGUCAGCCCAGGGAGCUCCCCCGAGGUGCCCCCAGCCCAGCACGUUCCUCCCGGAGCUCGGCGGCUGAUCGUCAACAAAAACGCUGGGGAGACCCUUCUGCAGCGAGCAGCUCGCCUGGGCUACAAGGAUGUGGUGCUCUACUGCUUGCAGAAGAAGAGCAGCGACGUGAACCACCGCGACAACGCCGGCUACACCGCCCUGCACGAGGCCUGCGCGCGGGGCUGGAUCGACAUCCUCCACAUCCUGCUGGAGCACGGCGCCAACGUCAACUGCAGUGCCCAGGAUGGCACCAGGCCUGUCCACGAUGCAGUAGCAAAUGACAACCUGGAAACCAUGUGGCUUCUACUCUCCUAUGGUGCUGACCCCACUCUGGCCACUUACUCGGGGCAGACAGCAGUGAAGCUUGCCACCAGCGAUGUGAUGAAGCGCUUCCUCUGCGAUUACCUGUCAGAUCUCCAGGGACGCUCCGAUGGAGACCCCCGGACAGCCUGGGACUUCUACAGCAGCUCCGUGCUAGAGGGGAAGGACAGCAUCGGAUGUGAUCUUCUGCUCAACCCCCCAGGAAGUUCAGACCAGGAGGAAGAGGAGCAAGAAGCAGACAACUUCAUGUUUGAGUUCUCAGACAAGCCACUGCUCCCCAGCUAUAACCUCCAGGUGUCUGUCUCGCGGGGGCCCUGCAACUGGUUCCUCUUCUCGGACGUGUUGAAGCGACUGAAGCUGUCUUCACGCAUCUUCCAGGCUCGCUUCCCACACCUGGAGGUGGCCACGCUGCCCAAGGCCGAGUUCCAGCGCCAGGUGGCCCUCAGCCAGCUGCUGGCACAGGAGGAGGUUCCAGAGAGCCCCGAGCCGCCGGCGCCGGGCACGGCAGAGACAGUGGAGCUGGUGCACUACGAGCCCGAGCUGCUGCAGCUGCUGGGCUCGGCGCUGGAGUACGAGGCCUGGAGCAGCUGACGGGGACGGGUGGCUCCCCGCAUCAUGAGGCAAUAAUAAGGACCAAGCAGCCCCCCACCUCUCAGCGCCAGCAGCAGGGCCCCUGGUCUUUGGCCAGCUCAUCCUCCCCUCCUCAGGGUCACCCCUCCAGCUGCAGGGCGGGAGGAGAGGACCCUGGACUCCGAGGACUUCCCAUGGCCCUGAGCGGUUGGCCCCAUCCAGCUCCGGCGGGCGCCGGAGCCCCUUGCACGGGGCUCGUGGGGCAGCGACGGCGGCCCCGGCUCUGCCGAACCGAGGGCUGGGGGAGUUCUGCCGCCCCUCCCUGCCUGACCCCAUGAAACUGCACCUCUCUGUUUGCCCCCCCGACGUCUUCCAUAGUAUUUAUUUAAUUAGUAUUUAAUUUGUAACCUUUCCUUUGUCUCUGCUGAGUCUGGAUCACUGUGACGCUGAGCCCCCGGCCGGUGGGACCAGGUCUUCUUCCUGCGGCCCCUCUCUCCAACAUCCCCUGAGGCUCAGUGCCGCAGCCCCCUCGAUGGGCUUUGGGGGUGUCACGGCCCCCUCAAGGGCCUCCUAUGGCCCUGAGCCUGAGGACCGUGACUUUGGAGCUGCCAGCCCCUUUAUGCCAUCCCCUCACCGGGCUCCUUCCCCCAUCUCAUUAGUGGCCCCAGGCACACCCCCAGGCUUCCCAGCAGCUUGUCUCCUACUCCCUGGCCCCGGGGGUCUCUCUUCGGGCAGAAGCCCCCUCCUCACCCUGCGCUACUCAGUCUGGCCCGGCCCCCCCUUGGCCUCACCAGGAGCAGUGCCCGGGGGGAGCAGCGGGCAGGGUGCCCGCCGCCCGGGCACGGGGCAUGGUACAGUUUUAUUGUACAGGUGCUAAGAGGACUGAGGAGGGGACAAUCGCGGGGCUCUCUCUGGCUCUCCCGUGCUCCGCAGCGGGAGCCGUGGGUGGGGAUCUCUUUCUCUCUCUUGUUUUUCGUUGGUUCGUUUUCUCCUUUGUGUUGUGUUUUCCUCCCAGCCAGGGCAGGUGUUACCCCUUCACCCUCGGGCUCCCGGCUGCCAGCCUCCCCUCCUGUUGCCGGGGGGGGGGGGGAUCCAGAGGUGCCCUGGUGCUGCCCAGGGGUGUUUUGCCUUUGGGUGUGUAAUUCUGGUUGCUCUUUCUGAUUUCUGUUUGAUUCUAAAGCAGCAACAGGCUGUGGUGUCAAAAACACUGAUGUACAGAAAAAACCUGCA